GCCGCCGCGCGCUGUGGGUGUCCGCCUCACCCUCGUGUGUGUGUGUGUGUCUGCGUGCGCGCCCGCAGGACUGAUGGAGAGACUUUAAAACUUAAUAAUCAAGCGGAAACGGGAGCCGUUUACACCUUUCACGAUUACUAGGCGCAGAGGAGUUUAGCAUAAGAAGGAGAGGCGGGAUGAAAAAAAACACCAGGCGAGAGGAGUUUAACGGCGCAGCUGAAAAAGAACUUAUUUUGAGCACGUAGUCUCUUUGGCAGAAACUUUUUUUUUUACAUGCAACCAAAUUCCACAAUGUCCUCUCAGUACAGCCAACGCUCUUUGACGGUUCUGGCCCUUCUGGGAAUCCUGUCGGCUAUUAUGUCCGUUCUGUCCGUCAUUCUGAUUUUCCAGCUCCAGGGCAGCCAAGCCGGGACCGCGGACACCCCCCCGCGCCUCUCCGGCAUCCCAGCCGAGGUGUCCGCCGUCCUGCGGCCCGUGUCCACGGUGCUCACGGCCCUCGCCCUCACCCUCAGCCUCAGCUCUGUGGUGGUCUGCCUCUUGCACAGCUACUUCACCGCCGAGAUCUGCGGCGGCGAGGACGACACGGACAGGGCAGACUGGUUCCUAUUGGACAGCCGGCCUGUCCGUCACGUGGCCAUUGGCCUUUUCUGCCUGGGAAUUUCAGUUUACUUAGCAGGUAAGAACUGGGGGGGGGGGGUGGAAUCAAAACACAGCCUUGACUCAGUCGAUAUUUAUUACUCGUUUUAUUCUUCUCAAAAACACUGUAACAGUUUUAUCAUAAAGUGAAUCUUGUAAAAGGAUCCUGCGUUCUUCUAGU